GCUUAUGGGCCCUGCAUGUGUGCGUGCUUCCGGUGGCAGCAGGAGGCGCUGCGGAAGAUCAUUACCACCCUGGCUGUGAAGAAUGAAGAGAUUCAAAGCUUCAUCUACUCCCUCAAGCAGAUGCUGCUGAACGUGGAGGCAAACUCCACCAAGGUGCAGGGGGACCUGGAGGCCGAGUUCCAGUCCCUCUUUUCCCUCCUGGAGGAGCUGAAGGAGGGCAUGCUCAUGAAGAUAAAGCAGGACCGGGCCAGCCGCACCUACGAGCUGCAGAACCAGCUGGCCGCCUGCACUCGGGCCCUGGAGAGCUCCGAGGAGCUUCUGGAGACAGCCAACCAGACCCUGCAGGCCACAGACAGCAACGACUUCCCUCAGGCUGCCAAGCAAGUCAAAGAUGGUGUGACAAUGGCCCCUGCCUUCCGGCUGUCAUUGAAGGCCAAGGUGAGCGACAACAUGAGUCACCUCAUGGUGGACUUCGCGCAGGAGCGGAGGAUGCUACAGGCACUCAAGUUCCUACCUGUGCCCAGCGCCCCUGUGAUUGACCUGGCCGAGUCCCUGGUAGCAGACAACUGUGUGACCUUGGUGUGGCGCAUGCCGGACGAGGACAGCAAGAUUGACCACUACGUGCUGGGGUACCGGCGGACCAACUUCGAGGGCCCGCCCCGUCUGAAGGAGGAGCAGCCCUGGAUGGUCAUCGAGGGCAUCCGGCAGACGGAGUACACGCUGACUGGAUCCCCUUUCAACUGGGGGGCCUGGCUGGGCUGA